AUGACGGUCUUUGUUGCUUCAGUCUUUCUUCCAUAUACAAUCGACUUCCAAGCCACGGAGUCUCGGCAUGCUCGUCGGACCUCUUCAAAUGGCCAUGGCUCUAUUGACAGCAGCGUGGUGGGGAGGCUAGCAGAUGCACGCCGGCAAAGACGCAAGACCCUUAGUUUUUCAAUGACCCCAGGCGCGACAACCGACGAUGAGAGAAUCUUCAAAUCGUACGUCUCCCGAUCUGCCGGGGAAAUCCCCAUCGCAGACGACCCCAAUGGACCCAGACCAAGCGAACCUCGUUCCGUGUCCUGGGGUCAGAGCCGCAAGUUUAAUCAACCGCCACCCAAGGCUCUGAUCCAUCCCGCCCCGUCCAUUCUCAGCCGCUCCGGGGGCGACCAGAUUGACGGCCAGUUUGCGGCUGAUGGUUCGCUGACCAACCCAGAACCUGAAGAGGGGCAUAGCCCGCGCGCGGCGCUCUCGGAUAUGGACUGGGUCGUCAAAGCCGCAGAACAGGGCAAUGGGGGCCUGCGGAACGCUGUCCACGCUGCCGUCGACGCCGGCCUGCUGACAGACCAGAUGUGGGUUGGGACACUCGGCAUGCCAACUGACUUACUCAAGGACGAGACGCGUGCCAGUAUCUCCGAGACUUUGGAGGAUGAAUUCAACUCCCUGACAGUGUUUGUCGACGAUCACGAAUUCCAAGGUCAUUACUCUCACUUCUGCCGGACGGUCUUGUGGCCUGCCUUUCAUUAUCAGAUGCAAGAGUCCCCCCGCCAUACGGAAUAUGAUGACUACUCCUGGAAGCAAUAUGUAAAGGUUAACGAGGCAUUCGCGAACACCAUCUUGGCACACUGGAGACCUGGUGAUAGUAUAUGGAUCAACGACUACCACCUUCUGCUCCUUCCGACCCUCCUUCGAGAGAAGCUGCCCCAUGUGAAAAUUGGCUUUUUCAUGCAUGCUGCAUUCCCAUCCUCUGAGGUGUUCCGAUGUCUCACCGCGCGUAAUUCCAUGAUCAAUGGCCUCCUUGGGUCCGAUCUCAUCGGAUUUCAGACCGACGAGUACUGCCAUCAUUUCCUUCACACAUGCAGUCGCCUCCUCGGCUUGGAAGUGUCUGUCGACGGUGUCCAGCUCAGAGAUCGUUUUGUUCGGGUCCAAACCUUACCGUUUGGUGUAGACCCUAAUUCUCUUGAUGAGCUCCGACAAUCUACUGAAGUCAAGAACUGGAUAGCCAACAUUCGCUCCAGGUAUGAGGGCAAACACUUGAUAGUUGCUCGAGACAGGCUUGAUGGACCAGGAGGCAUCAAGCAGAAGCUGCUGGGCUACGAGCUGUUCCUGAAGAGGUAUCCCAAAUGGCGAGAGAAUGUCGUUCUGAUCCAGGUUUCAUCCUCAAAUUCGGAAAUCCCCGAGCUUGAAGCUCAGGUCUCCAAGAUAGCCAUGAGGGUAAAUUCGGUCUACUCGACGCUGACACACCAACCGCUGGUUCUUCUGAGACAAGACAUCAGUUACUCGCAGUUCCUGGCACUCAUGAGCGUGGCCGAGAUCUUCAUGGUAACUAGUCUGCGAGAGGGUAUGAACCUCACCAGCCACGAUUAUAUCAACUGCCAGGAUGGUAGGAUCAGCAACCAGUGCCAUGGUUCCUUGAUUCUAAGUGAAUUCACUGGAAGCGCCUCGAUUUUUAGCGGACACGACCUGCUUGUCAAUCCGUGGGAUUACCAACAAUGUGCUGAUGCGAUCAAUAAAGCCCUGGAUAUGUCGCCGGAGGAGAAAUGGAAAAAUUGGGAAUUUCUCAUGGAUAAGAAGGCCCCAUUUACAGCUACCGGAUGGUGUGAAUCGUUCGGCAAGGCUCUUGAUGCUGCGCAUAGCGCUCAGUUGUCUCGCGAGCCAAGCCAUCUCUCUGCAUUGUCCCUGGAUGCCUUGCAACAGUCCUAUGGGACAUCUAGCCUGAGGCUCUUCCUCCUUGAGGAUGAAAGCACGACUGCCCCUGCGAACUCUGUCCCUUCGGAGAAGGCAAUUGCCCAACUGGAAGUGUUGCUCCAAGACCCGAAGAACGUGGUCUACAUCACCAGCAGCAAAAGCUCCGAACAGCUCAGAUCACUCCUCCCGGACUUGCCACCGACAGUAGGCCUGAUUACUGAAAAUGGGUGCUUCCUCCGGGGGAACGGUGCAGCGACAUGGGAAGAACUGUUUGACGCCACCAAGACAAAAGACUGGCGAGACGGGAUCCGCCGCGUGGUCGAGUACUUCCAAGAACGCACCGAGGGAAGCUGGGUUGAGGAAAGAGGGUCCUCUCUGACCUUCCGGUACGAUCAAGCACAAGAUCCUGAAAUUGCGAGCCGACAGGCGUCCGACCUGGCAGAUCAGAUCAACGGCUCGCGAGGCAACGAAGCCAUCCGCGUCGUGCUCACCCAGGGGACUGUUAGUUUCGAACCAUUGGACGUCACCAAGGCGACUGCAGCCGAAAUUGCGUUUCAACGACUGCCUAAAACUCCAGACUUUGUCUUCGUCGCCGGAGGUGCUCGCGGUGACGAAGCUCUGUUCCGCUGGGCCAACCAGCUGGUCAUCGAUGGCCGAGCCCCGAACGUGACCACCUUGACGGUGGGUCAUCACGCCACAGAGGCGAAAGCCGUCCUGCCGGACGACUUGAACAUUUCCGACGUGCUGGGUGAUCUGUGCGUGGCAGGAUCAGGCAAGUAG